CUCUGCUCAGGAUUCCCAGUGCAUGCCGGGAGCUGUCAGCCGGGCAGCCAGCGGCGCCGCUCUGCUCAGGUGAUGGUUUCUGCUGCACACAGAGCUGGUCUCUAGUGGGACGUGGAGGGAGAAUGAACACUGAAGAAGUGGAGUUACUGAGUGACUCCAAGUACAGAAACUACGGGGCCGCUGUGGACAAGGCGCUGAAAAACUUUGAGUACUCUAGUGAGUGGGCCGAUCUCAUAUCUGCUCUUGGGAAGCUAAACAAGGUCCUACAAAAUAAUGCGAAAUAUCAAGUUGUCCCUAAAAAGUUAACUAUAGGGAAACGACUGGCACAAUGUCUUCAUCCAGCUUUGCCAGGAGGCGUCCACAGGAAAGCUCUAGAAACCUACGAAAUAAUCUUCAAAAUCAUUGGACCAAAGCGGCUGGCCAAAGACCUCUUCCUGUACAGUGCUGGCCUUUUCCCUCUACUUACAAAUGCUGCAAUGUCUGUGAAACCAGCAUUACUUAGUCUGUAUGAGAUAUAUUACCUGCCUCUGGGCAAGACCUUAAAACCUGGCCUACAAGGACUGCUCACUGGUAUUCUGCCUGGAUUGGAGGAGGGUUCAGAAUACUAUGACAGAACAAACACCCUUCUGGAGAAGGUGGCCUCGGCUGUGGAGCAGUCUGCCUUCUAUAGUGCUCUAUGGGGUAGUCUUCUCACCAGCCCCGCGGUACGUCUGCCUGGCAUCACUUAUGUCCUUUCCCACCUGAACAGGAAACUGUCAAUGGAGGACCAGCUUUACAUCAUUGGAAGUGACAUUGAAUUAAUGGUGGAGGCAGUGAGCACCUCCGUGCAGGAUGCCAGCGUGCUUGUCCAGAGGAGUACGUUAGACCUCAUCCUGUUUUGCUUCCCCUUCCACAUGAGUCAGGCAACCCGUCCAGACAUGAUUCGUAUCCUGUCGGCUGCUCUGCGUGUGGUCUUACGGAGAGAUAUGUCGUUGAAUCGAAGGCUCUAUGCCUGGCUGCUAGGAUUUGAUAACAAUGGGGCCAUUAUAGGACCAAGGAGUACAAGACAAAGCAAUCCAGAGGAACAUGCUUCUCACUACUUCAACACAUUCUCUAAGGAUCUCUUAGUGCAGGCGAUGGUGGGAAUUUUACAGGGAAAAGAGCCGAGUAGAGAGAGUUCACUAAUGCAAGACCUAAAGCCAUUCCGCAUCCUUAUAAGUUUACUGGACAAACCUGAACUUGGGCCUGCCAUUCUGGAAGAUGUGCUAAUCGAAGUGUUCAAGACAUUAUAUACACAGUGCAAAGCAGAGCUGGAUCUUCAGACACAAACCCCUUUCAGCAAGGACCCUGCACAACUGAGCAGUAAACUGCGGGAGAACAAGAGGACGGCAGAGCUCAUUAAAACAGCCAACCUUUUAUUUAACUCCUUUGAGCCGUAUUACAUGUGGGAUUACAUUGCACGUUGGUUUGAAGAAUGCUGCAGGCGGGCGCUACAUGCCAGGCUUCAGUCUUCAUCUAGUGACGGCAGUAGUCAGCCAGAGUUACCACUUAUCAGUUUCUGCUUGCUGGUGGAUUUCCUGCUAGACAUUGUGUCUUUGCCUACUAGAAGUAUGAGAGUGAUAUGUCAGGAGACUUAUAUCGAAAUUCAGACUGAACAUCUGCCUCAGCUGCUCCUCCGAAUGAUUUCUGCACUAACCAGCCACCUCCAAUCUCUGGACCUCAAAGAGCUGACCAAUUCACUAAGGCUUUGCUCAAAAAUCCUCAGCAAAGUGCAACCUCCGCUUGUGUCCGCAGGCACCGGGGGCACAUUCCAGCUUCCCAGUGGGCAAAAUGGCUGCAGUAAAGACAAGGAGGAUAGGAAGUUGUCCCCAGUUUCUGCCGAGAACCCAGGUGAUGUGUUUGAAGAUGGUGAGAACCCUCCAAGCAGCCAAUCUUCAGAGAGUGGAUUUACAGAAUUUGUCCAGUACCAGGAAGACAAGGCAGAUGAUAUUGACAAGGCGCUGAAUGAUGGGCAAAGUGCAGCUGGCCUACACUUGGGUAGCACUUCAUCAGAAACUGAAACCACAUCCACUGUAGGGUCUGAAGAGACACUUGUACAACACCCGUGUAAGAGUCCAAAGGGGACAGCUACGCGGAGUAUAAAGACCACACAAAAAACAGCAAUGCAGUGUUGCUUGGAGUAUUUCCAGCAGUUCCUCACAAGACUUGUUACCCUCUACAUUCUUCCAAAGAGUGCUGCAUCUAAGAUGCUCACAGUAGAACAGCCCUCAGGAGGUCAAACAGAAGCUAAGUGGGAGACAACAGCAGAAAAUACUAAAGAGAAGAAUACAGACAAACCUAUUUCUCCGAAAGACUACCGUCCGGCCUUCAUUGCUGCAUGCCAGCUGUUCCUUGAAUGCUCCAGUUUUCCUGUGUACAUUGCAGAGGGCAGUCACCCUGUAGACAUUCAUUUUGAUAAAGGAGAAGGGGACUAUGAGAAGGUCCAACCACCAGUGUGGCUUCAGACCCUCAUGAACGCCUGCAGCGCAGCGGUGGACUUCAGCAUACAGAGUGUAGCCAUAUCUCUUGUUAUGGACCUUGUUGGCUUAACACAGUCUGUUGCAGUUGUAGCAGGAGAAAAUGCUAGUAGCCUGGAGGCCUCUCAGCCCUUGAGCCCAAAUCAAGGCAGAGUGUCUGUUGUCAUCCGACCUCCCCUCACUGAGGGCAAUUUGAGGUAUAUGGCUGAGAAAACUGAUUUCUUUAAGAAUGUGGCUAUAACACUUUGGCAACAGCUGGGUGACAGGACCCCACAACACCAUCAAAGAAGUGUGGAGCUCUUCUAUCAACUGCACAACCUGGUCCCAUCCUCCAGCAUAUGUGAAGAUGUCAUCAGCCAGCAGCUGACACACAAGGAUAAGAAAAUUAGAAUGGAGGCUCAUGGUAGAUUUGCAGUCCUGUGGCACCUCACCAGGGACCUUCACAUCAACAAGUCCUCAUCCUAUGGUCGUACUUUUGACAGGUCAUUAUUUAUUAUGCUGGACAGUCUGAAUAGCUUAGAUGGCUGCACAUCUUCUGUGGGUCAGGCCUGGUUACAUCAAGUACUACAGAGACAUGAUAUUGCUAGAGUCCUUGAACCACUCCUACUUCUACUCCUCCAUCCUAAGACACAGCGUGUAUCUGUACAGCGAGUCCAGGCUGAGAGACACUGGAGUAAAUCAUCUCGACACUUGGAAGAAAGCCGGAAAGUCUUCAGUAAGGCAUCUAACAAUAAUAAUGCUUUUCCCAGCUCUCGGAUAUGUUCUCUGGCCACAUCUAAACAGGUUCUCAUGGACGAGAUGGAGAACUUUAGCCUUACGGUCAAUCCUUUGAGUGACCGGCUUUCACUGCUGAGUACAAGCAGUGAGACCAUCCCAAUGGGAAUAUCGGACUUCGAGCUUCCAGAUCAGCAGAUAGAAAACCUGCAGAGCUCAGAUUCUGGUUGUUCGCAGUCUUCAGUGGGAGAUGAGGUGGAUGCUGAGAGUUUGACAGCUCAAGAUAACUGUCCAGUCUCUAGAGAGGACUCUGUUGAGGAGAUAGUCCAGCAAGUUAUCACUGACCUGAUCUUCAGUGUUCUUAGAAAUGUUGACGAAGAUCCAGAAUCAAAUUACUCUGAUGCUGAUCAGGUAGAUACAUCUGAGAGAAUAAAUGUAUGCAGCACAGUAGUGGAUGAAGCACCUCACAGUGAGUUAGAGGUUCCUCAAGCAAAUGAAAAUAACCUCUUCGUUAGAGAUCCAUCUAACUUUCUGUCCGUGUCUGCAGAGGUCGGCAUUGAAAGCUUGGCCAAUGCCAUAACCAGAAACCUGUCUUCUCCAUCAAUUAUCGCUCAGCAGAUACCUGCAGAAUUUAAUUCCAGCAUGAUGGGGGGACAACACCGAAAACGAAGUCACAGUAGCAUCCAGUUUAAUUUUAAAGGUAAAGGGACAGAAAAGGACCCACGUGGUAAAGAAGGGGGCAGUAAAGCAACAGGCGCAAAACCAAAAGUAAAAAUGCCCAGAAGGAAAGAUGAAGACAAGAAAAAGGGCCAACAUGAAAAGUCGAAGCAGACAAAUGUUUUUUUCAGUGAUGGACUAGAUUUGGAGAACUGGUAUAGUUGCGGGGAAGGUGAAAUCUCAGAAAUUGAAAGUGAUGUGGGUUCUCCCGGAAUGCAUAAAUCCCCCCAUUUCAACAUCCACCCUCUUUACCAGCAUGUGCUCUUGUACCUCCAGUUAUAUGACUCCUCCAGGACACUAUAUGCUUUAUCUGCUAUAAAAGCCAUAUUAAAAACCUGCCCAACUGUGUUUGUAAGUGCUAUAUCCACUACCAGUGUGAACAAUGCAUACACUCCUCAGUUAUCUCUGCUCCAGAAUCUUUUAGCGAGGCAUCGGAUUUCUGUCAUGGGGAAGGACUUUUACAGCAGUAUUCCCCUGGACUCUAAUCACAGUUUCCGAAGCUCCAUGUAUAUUGAGAUUCUUAUUUCAUUAUGUUUGUACUUUAUGAGAAGCCAUUACCCUACGCAUGUAAAGGUUUUGCAACAAGAUCUCAUGGGCAACCGUAACAUGCAAAUGAUGAGCAUCGAAAUCUUGACCCUGCUGUUUACAGAGUUAGCAAAGGUCAUCGAGAGCUCAGCUAAGGGCUUUGCCAGCUUUAUCUCUGACAUGUUGUCCAAAUGCAAGGUUCAGAAAGUGAUCCUCCACUGUUUACUGUCUUCAAUAUUCAGUGCCCAGAAGUGGCACAGUGAGCGCAUGGCAGAGAAGAACAUAAUGGCCAUUGAAGAAGGCUUUUCUGAAGACAGUCUCAUUAAUUUUUCUGAAGAUGAAUUUGACAAUGGUAGCACACUACAGUCUCAAUUAUUAAAGGUCCUUCAAGGUCUUAUUGUCCUAGAACAUCGCGUCUUGACUGUUCCGGAAGACAAUGAGGGGGGCUUUGAUUUUGUAAUAAAUGAUCUGGAGCACAUAAACCCUCAGCAGCCAAUGACCUCUUUACAAUAUAUGCACUCGCAACCAAUCACAUUCCAGGGAAUGUUCCUCUGUGCUGUGAUCAGGGCUUUACACCAGCACUAUACAUGUAAAAUGCACCCGCAGUGGAUCGGACUCAUCACAUCCACCUUGCCUUACAUGGGGAAGGUCUUACAGCGAGUAGUGGUUUCAGUGACUUUACAACUUUGUAGAAACCUUGAUAACUUAAUACAGCAAUACAAGUAUGAAAGAGGAUUGUCCGACAACAGGCCUCACUGGAUGGCGUCAUUCAUCCCACCCGAUAUGAUACUGACUCUAUUAGAAGGCAUUACAACAAUUAUCCACUAUUGCCUGCUUGAUCCUUCUGCUCAGUACCACCAGCUCAUGGUCAGCGUAGAUCAGAAACAUUUGCUGGAAGCCCGCAGUGGAAUCCUUUCUAUCCUCCACUUAAUAAUGUCAUCAGUCACCCAGCUAUGGAGUAUUCUGCAUCAAGAUGACUCUUCUGAGAAGAACUUUGCAGCAGCGGCCGCCUCGGUCACCACUAUCAGCCUUGGCUCCACAAAGAACUUAAGGCAGCAGAUCCUGGAGCUCUUAGGACCAAUAUCCAUGAAUCAUGGGGUUCAUUUUAUGGCAGCCAUUGCCUUUGUAUGGAAUGAAAGAAGACAUAAGAAAAAUUCUGCCCGUACAAAGGUUAUUCCAUUAGCAAGUGAAGAGCAACUUCUGCUUGUAGAGUUAGUUCGUUCCAUCAGUGUGAUGAGGACAGAGACGGUCAUUCAGACAGUGAAGGAAGUGUUAAAGCAGCCUCCCGCCAUAGCUAAAGACAAGAAACAUCUUUCCCUCGAGGUCUGCAUGUUACAGUUCUUCUAUGCUUAUGUACAGAGGGUUCCUGUGUCUAAUCUUGUGGAUAGCUGGGCUUCUUUUCUUGCUCUUCUUAAAGAGUCCAUCCAGCUCAACCUUCCAGCUCCUGGUCAAUUCCUGAUACUCAGGGUUUUGAAUGAGUUUAUUAUGAAAAACCCCACACUAGAUAACAAGAAAGACCAGAGGGAUCUCCAGGAUGUUACUCAUAAAAUUGUAGAUGCCAUUGGUGCGAUUGCAGGAUCAUCAUUAGAGCAGACAACCUGGUUAAGAAGAAAUCUUGAAGUGAAACCUUCACCUAAGAUAACUGUAGAUGGGCCGACUCUGGAAUCUGAUGUAGAAGACAUUAUGCUGACUCCAGCUGUAGAGAUAUCCCAUAUCACCCCUUCAGUCUACAGUGUACAUGCCCUCACUUUACUAGCGGAGGUUCUUGCACAUUUGCUGGAUAUGGUGUUCUACAGCGAUGAAAAGGAGAAGGUUAUCCCAUUGCUUGUCAAUAUAAUGCAUUAUGUAGUACCCUAUCUACGUAACCACAGUGCUCAUAAUGCUCCCAGUUAUCGGGCCUGUGUGCAGCUGCUGAGUAGUCUCAGUGGUUACCAGUACACCAGGCGCACAUGGAAGAAAGAAGCGUUUGAUCUCUUCAUGGAUCACAACUUCUUUCAGAUGGACGGCUCCUGUGUUAGUCACUGGCGGGCCAUCAUGGACCAUCUGAUGACACAUGACAAAACAACAUUCCGUGAUUUAAUGACUCGUGUGGCUGUUGCCCAGAGCAGUUCUCUCAGUCUGUUCACCAACCGGGAUGCUGAGCUGGAGCAGAGAGCAAUGCUGUUGAAGAGACUGGCCUUUGCUAUCUUCAGCAGUGAGAUUGACCAGUACCAGAAAUUCCUGCCCGAUAUACAAGAAAGGCUAGUAGAGAGCUUACGGUUGCCACAAGUGCCCACGCUACAUUCCCAGGUGUUCCUGUUUUUCCGAGUACUGCUUCUAAGAAUGUCUCCUCAACACCUCACCUCCUUAUGGCCCACCAUGAUCACAGAACUAGUACAAGUAUUUUUAUUAAUGGAACAGGAACUUACAGCAGAUGAAGAUAUCACCAGGACUUCUGGACCUUCUGUAGCUGGUUUGGAGACCACAUACACUGGUGGAAACGGAUUCUCCACAUCAUAUAACAGCCAGCGGUGGUUGAACCUCUAUCUGUCAGCCUGUAAAUUUCUGGACUUAGCCCUGGCCUUACCCUCUGAUAACCUGCCUCAGUUUCAGAUGUAUCGCUGGGCAUUCAUCCCAGAAGCAUCGGAUGACUCUGGGCUAGAGGUUCGAAGGCAAGGAACACAUCAGAGGGAAUUUAAACCAUAUGUGGUUCGACUAGCAAAGCUUUUAAGGAAAAGAGCAAAGAAAAAUCCCGAAGAUGACUGCUCAGGGAGAAUAUUAGACUGGGACCCUGGACAUUUACUGCUUACCAUUUCCACCAUUCGCAGCAUGGAGCAGCUUCUGCCUUUUUUCAAUGUACUCAGUCAAGUCUUCAAUAGCAAAGUCACAAGCAGAUGUGUUGGAGACUCAGGGAGCCCGGUCCUAUAUCAAAAUUCUUAUCCCAACAAGGAUAUUAAACUGGAGAACCAGAAAAUGUUCUCCGGGAAAGCAAGACAGAAAAUUGAGGAGAUGCUUGAGAGAGAUUUCCUGGAGGGAGUGCUGAAGAGCUGA